UGAGUUUUUGACUUUUCGCUAACGCUGGCUGGAUUUGACAAUGUAGCUAUAACUUUCUUGAUUCACCAGCGUAAUCCUUCAAUUCGUUUGAUUGAAGAUGUUAAUUUCAAAGAGACUCUUCGUCUUCCUCAUGCUCUAUCUUGCUCUUACAAUUUUAGCUCACGGACAGCAACAAAGAGGUUUUGUAAGCAUUGAUUGUGGCGGUCCAGAGAAUUUUGAAUAUACGGAUGAUACCACUAAGAUAAAGUAUGGCACAGAUGGAGCUUAUAUUAACAAAGGGGUCAACAGAAAUGUUUCCUCUGAAUAUAACUACCCAAAAGUUCCAAAUCUGCCACAACCGCUUUCAGAUCUCAGAAGUUUUCCUGAGGGUGAGAGGAAUUGUUACAAAAUAAAAUCUCCAAUAAGAAACAGUUUGCAUUUGAUAAGGGCUUCUUUCUUGUAUGGAAACUAUGAUGGAGAGAACAAACUUCCAGAAUUUGAUCUCUAUGUGGAUGUGAAUUUCUGGUCCUCAGUAACAUUCAGAAAUGCUUCAGAGCAACUCGUAAUGGAAAUCAUCAGCUUGAAAGUAUCAGAGGAUAUCAAUGUUUGUCUUGUGAACAAAGGAUUGGGAAUUCCUUUCAUCUCAGCUUUGGAACUAAGACCAAUUAUUCAGGGCUCUAUUUAUACUACUGAGUUUGGUUCAUCUGCUUCACUUUUACUCUUCAAAAGAUGGGACAUUGCAUCUCUCAAUGAAAGUGGAAGAUAUGAAGACGAUAAUUAUGAUAGGAUUUGGUCUCCUUACGGUUCAUCUUCCUGGGAGACUUUGGAAACUUCUUCAGCCAUCAAUGGUAAUAACAGUGGCUAUAAUGCGCCAUUUGAAGUCAUUAGGACUGCUGCUAGACCUAAGAAUGAGAGUGCUCCUUUGGAAUUCUCCUGGAAACCGAAUGAUCCAAACUCUAAAUUUUAUGUUUACUUGUACUUUGCUGAAGUUGAGAAGCUUCAGAAAAAGCAACUGAGGAAAUUCAAUAUAUCCUGGAAUGGAACUCCAUUAUUUGGACCCUUUGUCCCUAGUUACUUACAGGCAACCACUGUGUCAAAUUCGAAAUCCUUAGUGGGAAAUAAACAUCAAAUUUCAAUUUCUAGAACAGGAGACUCAGCCUUACCACCCAUCCUCAAUGCAGUUGAGAUUUAUGUGGUAAGACAGCUAGAUGCAAUACCAACUUUUGAGCAAGAAGUUGAUGCUAUCAUGAAUGUCAAAGCAACAUAUGUUAUUCAAAGAAAUUGGGUAGGUGAUCCUUGUGAGCCAAAGGACUACAGUUGGGAUGGCUUGGAAUGUAACUACAGUAACUCGCUUCCUCCCCGAAUCAUAUCACUGAAUUUGAGCUCAAGCAGUUUGAGUGGGGUAAUAGCUUCUGCAAUUUCCAAUCUCUUGUCACUGGAAUCACUGGAUUUAUCAAACAAUAGCUUGACUGGAUCAAUACCUCAGUUUCUGGAAGACUUCAAAUCUCUUAAAGUUCUGAACUUGAAAGGCAAUCAUCUGUCAGGUUCGGUCCCCGGUCAUCUUCUGGAAAGAUCAAGAGCUGGGUUACUUACACUGAGUUUGGAUGACCAAAAUAUUUGUGGUUCAAGUACGUGCAAAAAGAAGAAGAAUAUUGCUGUUCCCAUAGCCGUUUCUAUAUCAUCAGUUCUCGUUCUGUUGAUUGCAUUUGCUCUUAUCUGGAAAUUAAGAAGGAAAAAGCCAUCAGAUAAGGAGAUAGAAAAGGCCAACAAAGGUGGAAGAACUGUAGCAUCAAAAAAGUGGCAAUAUAGCUAUGAGGAGGUUUUGGAAAUCACCAACAACUUUGAAAUGGCAAUUGGAAAAGGGGGAUUUGGAAUAGUGUACCGUGGUGAGUUGAAAGAUAGGAACCAAGUUGCAGUGAAAAUGCUUUCUCCAUCAUCAUCUCAGGGGCCAAAGGAAUUUCAAACUGAGGCUGAGCUGUUGAUGACAGUUCAUCAUAGAAAUUUGGUAUCCUUCAUUGGUUACUGUGAUGAUGAUAACAAGAUGGCACUCAUUUAUGAGUACAUGGCUAAUGGCAACCUGAAAAAUUAUCUCUCAGUUGACGCAGAUAAAAACUCAAAUACUUUGACUUGGCAAAAAAGACUUGAGAUAGCAAUUGAUGCGGCACAAGGAUUGGAAUAUCUACACCAUGGAUGCAAGCCACCUAUAAUACACAGAGAUGUGAAGACAGCCAACAUUCUAUUAAAUGAAAACUUGGAAGCUAAGAUAGCUGAUUUUGGCCUCUCCAAGGUGUUUAAGAAUGAUAACACUAACGCUAAUGCAGAGUCUGAAGUCAUGGGCACCACAGGCUACCUUGAUCCAGAGUACUACAAGUUACGAAACUUGAAUGAGAAAAGUGAUAUUUAUAGUUUUGGAAUAGUUAUUCUAGAGCUAGUAACAGGUCAACCAGCAGUGAUAAAAGGUGAAGAACUGGUUCACAUAACUGCAUGGGUAACAUACGAACUUAAAAGAGGGGAUUUUAGCAGAAUUGUGGAUCCAAGACUUGAAGGCCAAUUCAAUGCAGGCUCUGUGCAAAAGGCUUUUGAAAUAGCAAUGGCAUGUAGUUCAUCACCCUCCAUUCACAGACCCACCUUGAAUUUUGUGGUACAAGAGCUGAAAAAGUGUUUGGAAAUGGAGUUGCCUUCUCAAAGUGACAGAUUCGAGGUGGUACCAAGACAGAUUUCUUGCGAGAUAUAUAGUUCGUCUGAGCCUUAUUCCUAUGAUACUGAUUCUAUCACUUCUCCUUUUGCUAGAUAAUUGUACAGUUGAAGAUUUUUCUUUAUAGUAUAAUUCUAAAAAUGCAUGCAUAAUAUAUUAGCCAUUUACCCGGGUAUAUGGUUAUCUUUCUUCUAAUAA